GAAUAAGACAAUUUAAAUUAAAAAAAGUUCCCAACAAAAGUGAUCGGAAUAAGCAACGUAAUUAGAAGAUGUGAGCAAGAGUGAUGGGAGUUCAUGGACUGUGGAAACUCUUGGAGAGCACCAGAAAACCCAUCAAUCCAGAAACACUAGAGGGGAAGAUCUUAGCUGUUGAUAUCAGUAUCUGGCUGAAUCAGGCGGUCAAAGGUGUGCGGGAUCGCGAUGGGAAUGCGGUUCAGAACGCCCAUCUCCUCACGCUCUUCCAUCGGCUCUGCAAGCUGCUGUUCUUCCGCAUCAGACCCGUGUUUGUGUACGAUGGAGACGCACCGCUGCUUAAGAAACAGACGCUGGCCAUCAGGAGACAGCGGAGGGAGGAAAUGAGCCGUGAGUCCAAACAGACCAAUGAGAAGCUCCUCCAGACGUUCCUGAAGAGACAGGCCAUCAAAGCAGCUUUAGGGGAUCAAAGUCAAGAGGCGAUUCCAAGCCUGUCUGUGAGACGAGAUGAGCAAGACGACAUGUACAUUCUGCCUGCACUUCCUCCUGAUGAGGACAGAGACAAGAGCAGUUCAGAGGAGGAAAGAGAUGGAGACGAAUCACUGCAGACGUACAGCAGAUUCCAGGAAGAGAUCUAUGACAACCCUAACUCUGUAGACAUCAACUCUGAGGAGUUUUCCCUCAUGCCACCGGAGAUCAAGCAUGAAAUCUUAAAAGAAAUGAAGGAAUUCAGCAAGAGGCGACGCACGCUGUUCCACAAACCCCCAGAGAGGUCAGGUGAGUUCUCGCAGUAUCAGUUGGUGGGUCUCCUGCAGAGGAACAAACUCAACCAGCGUCUGGAAGGAGUGGAGCAGGAGAUGAACCAGCACAGCUCUGGAGGAGUGGAGCAGCCGUACGGCCAGAACAAAGACCAUGACAUGGAGAUCCGCCGUCUGGUGUCAGAGGACUCGUCACACUACCUCCUCAUCAAAGGGUCUCAGAAGAAAGCCAGCACUCCAGACAGUCGUCUGGCUCCAGCGCUGUGGUCCAGCUGUCCAUGGGAACCUAAAGGGAGGCCUAAAGGGAAGCCUGAGCCCUUGUGGCGGCCUGUGACAGAGGAUGAUGAGAACAAGCCUUCCUCCUCCACAUCCUGUGCUGAGGAAGAGCUGCUGGCGUCAGGUGGAGCACCUCCCUCUCCUCGCUCCCUACAGGCCAUCCAGAGCGCCAUGAUGGACAGCAGCUCUGAAGAAGAAGCCGUGGCCACAAGAGGACGAAGGACGGCAGGAUCUGUAGAUGAAGAUGGACGCGUAUCGCCUCAAACUCUACAGGCCAUCCAGAGCGCCAUGAUGGACAGCAGCUCUGAAGAAGAAGCCGUGGCCACAAGAGGACGAAGGACGGCAGGAUCUGUAGAUGAAGAUGGACGCGUAUCGCCUCAAACUCUACAGGCCAUCCAGAGCGCCAUGAUGGAUCCCGCAGACGUCCACAAACGCAGGACGUACGUCAUCACGAGCAGCUCAGAGGACGAGGAUGAAGCUGUGGUUCUUGACAGAAGCAUUGUCACUGAGGUGACUGGAGUUGGAGGCGUUUCUCCCAGGACUCUGUUGGCCAUACAGGAAGCUCUGGGAGACAAAGCUGUGGAGGUAAUGGACCUGAGGAGCAGCUCUGAUGGAGAGCAGACAGAGGAGGUUCCUGGAAUCAGCAUUUCCUCACAGGAAGAGUCUUCAGAAUUUAAGCAUCAGCCCAGAACGCCGCUUAUUCUCGGUUCUGCAGUAUCUGAAAGGCAAGAGGAGACGCGUGAGCCACAAGAUGCUGUGGUACAACUUCCUCUAAAGGAAAGACACCUGAGUGCUUUCUCUGAUGACAAACCUGUGAAUGCAGACCAAACAGAUCAGAUGGAGGAAAACAAAGUGAAAAGUGAAGAUGAUGAGGAAAGCAGCUCUGAAGAGAGUUUUAUUGAGGUGUCUGAUGCAGAGGAACCAUCUGAAACAGAAGAAUCUCACGUCAAAGCAGAAGCCGAUAAAAGCCCCUCAGAAGAGAAAGCGGAGGAGAGAGCAGAGGAAGAGGAGAGCAGAAAGGAAGAGUCCAGCGUCCAGAGCCCAGAUAAGAGUGAGGAAGUCAACAAGUCCAUAGAUGAAACUCCUCCUGCUGCAAGUGAAUGGGAUCACAUCGACACGGAGGAGCUGCUGCAGCUGGACAGAGAACUGCAGUGUGAGCAAAUGAGCUUGAGAGAGCAGCAGCAGCAGCAGGAGCGCAGCAGCACCACGGUCACCGGACAGAUGUACCAGGAGAGCCAGGAGCUGUUGCGUUUGUUCGGUGUGCCGUUCAUCGUGGCUCCGAUGGAGGCUGAAGCCCAAUGUGCAGUGCUGGACCAUCUGGACCAAACGCACGGCACCAUCACCGACGACAGCGACAUCUGGCUCUUCGGCGGUCGUCAAGUCUACAAGAACUUCUUCAACCAGAACAAAUACGUGGAGCAUUACCAGUCUGUGGACAUGCAGAACCAACUAGGCCUGGACCGGACCAAAAUGAUCAAUCUGGCAUAUCUGUUGGGCAGUGAUUACACUGAAGGCAUUCCAGGAGUGGGAUACGUUACAGGGAUGGAGAUCCUCAACGAGUUUCCUGGUUCUGGUUUAGAGCCUCUUGUUCAACUCAGUAAGUGGUGGACUGAAGCACAGGAGAAUAAGAAGUUGGCUGCCAAUCGCAAAGACACAAAGGUGAAGAAGAAACUGAGGAAUCUUCAGCUUCAUCCUGGUUUCCCAAACCCUGCUGUGGCUCAGGCUUACCUGCAGCCCACCGUCGACCAAUCAGACGCCUCGUUCGGCUGGGGCCACCCACACCUGGAGCUCAUCAAAGAAUUCUGUCAGAGCCGCUUCGGAUGGAGCAGCAGAAAAACUGAAGAAACGCUACAGCCAGUGCUAAAACAGCUUCAGUCUCAACAGACGCAGCUGCGCAUCGAUUCGUUCUUUCGUCUGGAGCAGCAGGAGAGGCAGUCGAUCCAUAGCCAGCGUCUGCGCAGAGCCGUCACCUGCCUCAAGAGAAAAGAAAGAGAGGAGGAAGAGGAGGAGCAAGAAAGCUCUCCGUCUAAGAAGGGCAGGAACGGGGCCUCACAGCCGGACGGGGCCCCUGCUACCGCGGGGCCGUUAGUGGGAGGAUUCAUAGGGCCGGUGUUUCAUCUGAACUCACCUGCAGACACACUGGACGAGACGAGAGGCGGAGUCGUGUCUCUGAUGUCAUCGAGGGCGGAGUCAAGCAGCUCCAGCUCAGAGGAUGAUGCUGAAUAUGGGAAGGGGGUCGCUAUGGUUACAGCACGUUCUGUGUUUGAGGGGAAAACGAGAGGAAGAGGGAAACGAGGAGGAAGAGGAAGGAGCCAAAACAGAUUAUGAUAACAAACACAUACAAAACAUACUUACUGAUGCCAUCAGAUAUGCAGAGUUUGCAUGUGAAAUGUUGUCCUGUUUUUCACUGAGCAGAUUUUAUAAACUAUGAGCUGUAUAAUUAACAUACUGUGUGAUCAUUUGAGAAAUGCCAACAUGAAAUCAUGUCAAAUUACCAACAAAAAAAUAAAACAUUAUUCUUCAUCAGAACAGAUCUAUAUCAGCCUUCCAAAUAUUUAUGGUUCAUCAACAUCUCAGGUCUAUUGCUGUUUUUCUAUUUCUAUUUUUUUUUUAUCAAUUUGCA